UCAGUUGUGUUGUUGUGCUGGUGACGGUGUCGUGUGUGUCACGUGGGUGGCGAUGUAGUAGUGAAGUGAUAAGGCGAUAUCACCACGGAGUUCUUGGCCUGCGGGGCAGUGCCCGGGGCGGCGGUGUCGGUGUACACAGAGCCGCCCCCCACCCCCGCCCCUAGCGCCGCCGCCUCCAUGAACCAGCUUGGCACCGUCUACGCCACGAAAAGGCGUCGAAGAAACGGCAAAAGCCUCAAACCGCCACCUAAAGACGGAGUGACCAAGAGCAACCCAAGCAAGCGCCACAGAGAACGGCUGAACGCUGAGCUGGAUACCCUUGCCAACCUGCUGCCCUUCGAGCAGAACAUCUUAAGCAAGCUUGACCGCCUCAGCAUCCUGCGUCUCUCCGUCAGCUACCUCCGCACCAAGAGUUACUUCCAAGUGACCAUGCACAAGGACAAGGAGGACACCCAGUACCGAGGGAGAGGGGACCUGUCCGUCUACGACCAUGCUCCGCUGGAUGGAGACAUGUUCCUUCAGGCGCUGAACGGGUUCCUGCUGAUGCUGACGUGCGAAGGGGAAGUGUUCUUCGCCACGCACACCAUUGAGAGUUACCUUGGCUUCCAUCAGUCCGACAUCGUCCACCAGUCCGUGUAUGAACUGGUUCACUCGGAAGACCGGGAGGAGCUACAGAGACAGCUUAUGUGGAACUCCUUCCUGCCCGCAGAGUCCGCGGGUCUUUCCCUCCAGGAGGCUCUCCAGCCAGACCGUCUCCAGCUGCUCGAGAGAAGCUUCACCGUCCGCUUUAGGUGUCUUCUGGACAAUACUUCCGGAUUCUUGCGGCUGGACAUUCGAGGACGUAUCAAGAUCCUGCAUGGCCAGAACCGGAAGACGGAAGAGCCACCCUUGGCGCUGUUCGCCAUCUGCACACCCUUCGGCCCUCCUUCGCUGCUAGAGAUUCCCCACAAGGAAGUCAUGUUCAAGAGCAAGCAUAAGCUAGAUCUUGCUCUUGUCUCCAUGGACCAAAGAGGGAAAAUGCUCCUUGGGUACUCAGAUGCUGAACUGGCCAAUAUGGGAGGUUAUGAUCUAGUCCACUUUGAUGAUCUCGCAUACGUAGCUAGCGCACACCAAGAAUUAUUAAAAACCGGAGCAUCUGGGAUGAUAGCUUACCGGUUCCAGACGAAGGAAGGCCAGUGGCAGUGGCUGCAGACAAGUUCUAGGCUGGUGUACAAAAACUCAAAACCGGAUUUCGUCAUAAGCACACAUAGACCACUCAUGGAAGAGGAGGGGAGGGAUCUACUGGGAAAGCGGACGAUGGACUUCAAAGUGAGUUACCUGGACGCGGGGCUUACCAAUAGUUACUUCAGUGACUCGGACCAGCUCCUGGGUACCUCCACCAACCACUCCAGCUCGUCCGGUAGCUCUGCACUGGGAGGGUCGACCGGGUCUACACCCCAGCGGCUGAACCGUCGUUACAAGACCCAGCUGCGAGACUUCCUGUCGACCUGUCGCACCAAGCGCAAGCUGGCCAGCCACCACACCAGCCCCAGCAACCCUGCGGUGACGGUGGACUACAUGGCCGACACCAGUGCAGCAGCCGCUGUGGCAGCCGCCUACAACAUGUACAGCACCCCCUACCCGGCAGCCCCUCCGGCAGACAACGUCUACAUGGGCCACUCGGGCAACUUCCACCAGAGCCUGUACGACAACAGGUUCCUGGCCACCACCGAGAACCUAUUCCACCAGUACAGGCCCUUCUACACCGAGUACCACCACCCCGCCACCACACCCUACGUGUCCAACGGCUUCCUCGACAUCUCGCCGAGAAGUGGCCUUCCGACCUACGAGACAUCCCCCGUCCACCACCAGCUCGCCAAGACUUCUGACUGUGAUAAACUCUACGGCUGCCACGAGCAGAAGUACUCCCCGACGAUGGACAAUCGUGGCUACGUGGGGGGGAAAUGCUCGGACUACUCCAUGGCACCCGUCGUCACGGUGCCUCUCUGCGACCUGCAGCAGACCCAUAAAACGAACAAGAGUGUAAAAACUUUAGAUAACAUAUCUCCUGUGGUGUCCUCACCGUCCGUCGCGAAUAACGGACUCCUGACGCCCAAAAUGGAGGACAUUAAAAGUGAUGUAAAUAUGUUGCAAUACGCACCGACAGGUGAAGUCCCCCGGCAGACCGUGCUGAUGUGGGGGAGUGGGGGAAACACUACGCUCAAUCACACACCCACCUCCUCCACCGGUAGUUGUCGCAGUCCGGUGUCAGAGUCCGUGCCCGACGGGGUGCCCUCGCCGUACCUCCAAGACAAGAAGUACUUGGCCGGCGGUAGUGACCCGUUGAAGUCUCUGGCGGAAAUGAACUCGAUGAGUGAGACCAAGUGGAAGCCCGAGACUCCCCCUAGCCCCAAGACCUAUUACCAAGCCCAGACUCAGUCGCAGUAUGUCAGUGAGAGUGGGUCUACAGAGGUAUGGACACCACACCACCAGUACUAUCCUUAUCACCACUCAACAACAGGAGAGGCCACAUACCCUCAGAUAAGCAGGACAGGAGUCCUCUGCUGUCCAUCUCUGAGGUGACAAACACACUCCUCAACCAGUAGCCUGUCUCCGACCAGAACUGCAAUACGUGCAAUGGAGUGAAGAAGAUUAGCCAAAGAUCAUCCGUCGCUUUCCAUAAAACUGCAUUUUAUUCAAUAUGAAUUCAAAAUUAUAUAAGUUAGUGACCUUUGACAAUGUACAUUCAGUCGAUUUUGUUUGUAAAUGGUAUGUAAGAUGUAUCAAUAAUUUUUGUGUUUUUCUGUGAUAUAUGUUUAUUAAUUAUGGUUUUAUAUUGACUAUGUUGUAUCAUAGACCUGAUGUAAUAUAUUAAGUUAUGUUUAUUGUAAAUUGUGUAGUUCUUUACAUGCGAUUACUAAUGUAUUCUGUACUCGAUAUUGAAUAUCUUCCUAUUAGAAAUAAUCAAAAUAUUCGACUUCUCUAAGUGUUUUUAUUUGUGCAAUUAUUUAUAAAUUUGUUGGCUGCAGAUUUCUGAAGACUAAAGUAGAAUUUCUCAUGAAUGUGACUUUCAGAAAUAAACAUUAAAUGAGUGAGUGCUCACUAAA